AUGGCAGAUACCACAGUGGACGCAACUAGACGAUUAAACGUCAAAAAACAGACUCUGGACGAUGCAUACGCUGCACCAGCUAAUUUUUUGGAGAUCGACGUGAUCAAUCCGAUCACCCAUGGUGUCGGCAAAAAAAGAUAUACCGAUUAUGAAGUUCGUAUGAGGACCAACUUGCCAGUUUUUAAAGUUAAAGACUCGAGUGUGAGAAGGAGAUACAGCGAUUUUGAAUGGUUGAGAAAUGAACUAGAAAGAGACAGCAAGAUUGUAGUACCUCCAUUACCCGGCAAGGCGUGGAAACGUCAGAUGCCUUUCCGUGGAGACGAUGGUAUUUUUGAGGAUGAGUUUAUUGAGGACCGUAGAAAGGGAUUAGAAUUAUUUGUCAAUAAGAUUGCAGGACAUCCUUUGGCACAAAACGAAAGAAGUUUACACAUGUUUCUCCAAGAGCCAGUUUUAGAUAAAAACUAUGUCCCAGGAAAAAUACGAAAUACGUAG